AUGAAGCUGCUGCGCUUGCUGUGCCGCCACAAGACAGCCCUGGGCCUGGGCGGCCUGUCACUGUUCGCCGUGGUCCUGCUUUACCUGGCCAAGUGCACCUCGGAGGGCCUGCGACCCUUGCCAGCCUCUCGUGGGCUGCCGCACAACCAGCCUGCAGCUCUGUCACCUCGGGGUGCCAGAGGGCCGCAGCUCCCCGCAGUCCCACCGCCUUCCCCUGAGGAAACAGCCUUCCUGGCCGUGCUGAUCACCAGUGGCCCCAAGUACAGCGAGCGUCGCAGCAUCAUCCGCAGCACGUGGCUGUCGGGCGCCGGGCGACCUCCUCAUGACGACAUCUGGAGCCGCUUUGUGAUCGGCACCGCAGGGCUGGGGGCAGAGGAGCUUCAUAGCCUGGAGGUGGAGCAGAGCCGGCACAGAGACCUCCUCCUGCUGCCGGAGCUGCGGGAUUCCUACGAGAACCUGACUGCAAAAGUCCUGGCCACUUACGUCUGGCUGGAUCAGCACCUGGAUUUCCAGUUUGCCCUAAAGGCUGAUGAUGAUACCUUUGUACGUUUGGAUGUCCUGGUGGAAGAGCUGAGAGCCAAGGAGCCACGGCGCCUCUACUGGGGCUUCUUUUCUGGCCGUGGCCGAGUGAAAUCGGGGGGCAAAUGGAAAGAGAGCGCCUGGGUGCUCUGUGACUACUACCUGCCAUACGCCCUGGGUGGUGGCUAUGUGAUUUCUGCCGAUCUGGUGCACUAUCUGCGUCUGAGCAGAGACUACCUGAACAUGUGGCAGAGUGAGGAUGUCUCCCUGGGGGUGUGGCUGGCCCCCAUCGAUGUGAAGAGAGUGCACGACCCUCGUUUUGACACUGAGUAUAAGUCGCGAGGUUGCAACAAUAAGUACAUAGUAACUCAUAAGCAGAGCAUCGAGGACAUGCUGGAAAAGCACCAGACCCUGGCUAAAGAAGGGAAGCUCUGUAAGGAGGAGGUUAAGCUCAGGCUUUCCUACAUGUAUGACUGGGCAGUGCCUCCUUCACAGUGUUGCCAAAGGAAGGAUGGCAUCCCAUGAGAAGCCUGAGGAAGGAAA